UUAGGUUGUGGGUAGUAGAAGUGUGGAUAUAAUUGAUGGAACUCGUCCAUACUCCUUCUGCGAGCCUUCGGAAUCAGAUCCCCUCUACGCUAGCGUUGGUUUGCCCGGUGCUUCAGCCACCCCAAGGAAUCGACCCGAAGUUGUAGCCUCGACCGCGGUUGCCGUGGCCGCCAAUUCAGUUGUGGCGACAAUAAGUAAGAAAGUGGAUUUUUGGAAUGGUGUGGAUAGUGAAGAUUCAGGUGGCUCUUCAGCUCUUCCAUAUUACUCCUCAAUCCUUCACGACCCCAAUCGAUCGAGUCCCUUCUAUCAGGAAGCACCAGCAGUUGCGCCGAGUCAGUCCCCGGCUGUUUACGCCCAAGUCCGUAAUCCCCAAGUCAUCAACCCUGUUCGCAUGCGACCGACUGUUGUCUAUGCUGUUCCCGGUUGUCAAGGCAGCAAUGGAGUACUCAGCGGCUAUCGGAGGGCGGUGAAGAGCCAGGGGACUCAUGAACUUGCUCCCGUAGGUCCUCCUGUUCCCUCACGAGCCUACCGGCUCUCCGAAGUGGAGCAUCUCCUCAAUUUUCAUCGACCUACUGCUGAUCAGAGCGCUGAUUGCGGCACUGACAGUAACAAUAGUACUCAUAGCAACGAACGGUCACGAAGACCUCGCAGUGAAACCAGUUUCAAUGGCCUGCAUUUGUUGGAAGUGCUGCAUUCUGGGCUGAGACGACGCCAUAAUAAUCAACCCCAGCAACAAUCAAGGAUUGAAAAUCCAGCAGACAAUCGUCAAUCUGCGACUCCUACUUUUUCCUCAGUUGCUACCAACAUUGGUGUCGUGGAAGCACCGAUUGUGCCCCGCAUCAGUGGUGAUUACGGAGGCAGCACCUACGGGAGCGGCAAAAGCGGUCACUACCGCAACAUCACCGUGCGUGAAUCCAUUGCCAGCUUGAGAGCUCGCAAUGCGUUGCCAACCUUCCUGUCGGAGACUCGGCGGCCUCCUACCGAAGCUCAACCAUCGGAGGCAGACUAUGAGGGUGUCUACUGGUAUCCAGGGGAGGGGGAUGCGACCCAUGAAGCCGCCUCACGUUCUUCUUUCGACUCCCAUGUUGUUGCCGAGGUGACAAUGGAUGUCGGUAGUGAUGCUUAUGUGGAAAUUCCAGAAUUAGGCGUUCCCUGUUCCUUCUCAGAUCGUUCGAGAAAGGAAGAGAUCUACGCCGAACCCUCGGAAAAUCCACCGCCGUCACAAACACCUCCUCCACUUCGUAAUUUUCAUGUCUCGCGUAUCCUUCUCGAGAUGCAGGACUUUCGUUACGUCGACAGCGAAACAGAUCUAUCCAGUUCUGUGACUCCACCGGAAAUUGUAGAGGAAGGCGAUGUGAAGGAAAUUGGACAAGUUACUGCAAACGGUGAUGAAAUGAUGCAGCCGUCGACUUCGCAUAAAAAUCCUACAAAGUUACGAAAGUCGGAUGCACGAGCAUUGCCAAUGAAGGUGAAGGUGCGCAAGAGUCAAAACAUGACACCGUUGAUGGAGCGUUCCAUAGAAACGGAACCUGGGCGUUCACCUCCCCAUUCCCCGCCCACCCAUCAUCCGGAGCAGCGUCGCACAUCUCGUCCCCUACCCGAUGUCGCAAAGUACCAACUUUGA